UACUAUACUGUGUUGGAAUUAAGAGCAAACAUGAGUAACUCCGACAAUGGCAGCACGGUCCUGAUUGACGAAUUAAGGGCAUUCUUAGAAAGAAACGCGAGCAGAAGCAGCUCAGGCACAGUAGCAUCAAAUGUAGCUAGAGGUAUGCGUGGUGAUACCGCACUAAGUUCAAAUAUCAACCGCGUAUUUGGAAGCUCUUCCAACUCUUCCAGCUCUCAACGACCAAUCCUGCCUUCCGCAACAGCACCAACGGCACGCUAUGCGCCAUACCGUCCGAGGUCCACGAGGAACAAAGGUAAAAAGGUCAAAACGUACCACAUAAAACUUGCAGUAGUGGAUUUAAUCAACGAAGUUCAAGAAAGAGGCUCGACUGAGGAAUUUAAUGGGCGUACACUUCUGGAGUCUCCAUUCAUGGUUAGCGAAAAUGAGCAAAAUAGAGAAAUUCGUGAAAACGCUCUUAAAAUAAUAAGAGCGAGAUAUAAGGAUUAUGAUGGAGAUUUCAGUUACGCUAUCAGAAGUUCUCGGCGAUGUUUUAGCAUAAGCCCAAUUCAAGAACUUAGUGCUAAAGAGGUCUUGACUCUAAAAACAAAGUCAACUGGCAUUUUGUACAUAAUGCUAAGCAAAAAUGCAGAGCCYCCAGUACAAGAUGAAGACUGCCAUGAAGAAAUUGAACAUGAAGCCAUAAUACAAGAACCGGAGAUACUUCACUCAACCCCUGUACGCUCCGAAGGUGGUCGAACGUUUAGAAGAAAUCUUCGCAAAAGGCUAGCAGCAAGUACUGCACACGCUAGCGAAUCAAGUGAUUCCGAAGAAAUAUCCGAUGGUGAAGAAAGCGAAAAAACUGAUUUGCCAGAGUYAUUGGAUUUUACAACCCAGAUGGCAAAUCUUGUGGUUUGA